GGUUGACACACGCCGAUCAGAUCAUCAGCAAAUUGCGUUGGGCCUGCGAUUUCAACUACCCGAGGGUGCACAGAGAAGGGCAGUCGGGAACGUUGCUCUCUGUCGACGGUCGACAGAAGAAGCCGUCGUCCUCGCGACAGUCUUCCGCAGAACAGUGUUCACGGAGAGAGAAGAACUCACCCCAGCCCACCUGAACGCAGCUUCGGCGCAUAAACUUACGGCGGACAGUGUUAGGAGAGCGGUGGCGGAGAGACGGAAACAGGGAAUAAUGGGCACGAUGCGGAUGGACCGUGACCCUUUGCAAGACGUCUGCGGCAGCGACAACAGCAGCUCCGCCUAUGGCAACAAAAGCGGUGUCCACGAGAGCGAGAAGAUGGCGGGUGGAUGCCCGGCGGCGGCGCCGGUGGCGGCGGCGGAGGAAGCGGGGGAAGGGGAUGGUGCCAUCGGUGGCCAGGGGAGGAUGCUGCUUACUCUUCCUGAUGCUAUGCUGUCGGAGAUCUUGGGGAACCUUUGCGUCAAGGGCCUCGGCCGCGCGGGCUGUGCGUGCCGUGGUCUCCGCGACACUGCAGAUGACGAGCGGCUUUGGGUCUCUCUCUGGGAGGGACCCCUCCCCGGGGGGUUCCUACGCGGCGAGAAGGCGGCGCACGUUGCGCUUUGGCUCCUGGCGAAGGGCGAAGUCGAGCAGACGAGGGUGGCGGUCAGCGAGCCCUCAUCGCCGACGAGAACCGCUAGCCGGCGACGCGUGGGGGAGGCAGGCACCACCGGCGGUGGCCUCGGUCAGGGUCACGGAGGUGCUCACGGCGAAGAGGGGACACCUGGAGGAGGAGCAGUAUCAGUGUGCGCCGGAUUCCCAGUGCAAAUCUCCUGCAUGGCCAUCAGCGGAGCUGUCAUCGCCACCGCGGCAGGGCCCGAGAUCACGGUGUGGGACAUGGAGGGGGCGUCGGCCCCGCGGGCGCGUUUCAAGGUUAGCGGGCACGGGAGCGUCACGUGCUUGCUCCUGCGAAACGGCACCUUGCUCGCGGGAGACAACAGCGGCUAUCUCAGGUCUUACGACGUGAGCGUGCCCUGCGGAGGAAGGCCCCUGCACGAGAUCCGCACCCACGCCGGCCGCGUCACCGCCAUCGACGCCUUCACCCUCCCCGUCGGCAGCACCGCCACCGCCGACAGCCCCCUAGCAGAACUGCCUGGCGGCGGCAGCGGCGGCUACUACGGGGGCGGCGCGGCGGCAGGCGAGGGUGGUGUCCGGGGCGGGGGCGCGGGCGGCGGUCAGCGGGGGCGGUGGGACCAGGGCCACGGCUGGGGCGAAGGGUGGCAAGAAGAGAGCGAAAGCGAAGAGGGGGGCCAGCCGCUCCUUCCACAGCCCCACCGCUACGGCAACAGCGGUGCUUCUUCUUCUUCUUCUCCCCCGCCACACGCGUCGUGGGGGGCAGCGGGAGAAUGCGUGGGCAGCCGGCAGCACGGGAACGGCGGCGGAACCGGUGCCUCGGGCGAAUCCCCGGCGAGCGCCGCCGGCCUCGGCGCGGAGUUCAACCGCCUGCGGCGAGGUUCUCCCCACGGGGGCGGGACCGGCGAGCCGUUGUCGCGGCUCGGGAAGCGGCAGGGGUACGCAGGGCGGGGGCAAGCUUAUGAGCCUGCUGGUGCCGCUGUCGGCGGUGGCACACGCAUUCGGGGGAGGGGGAGGGGGAUUGAUCGGGCGGGUUGGGCCUUCGACGACGGCAACAACCGCGGCGCCCCCAAUGCCUGGAGCGAGGAGAAGGGCGGAGAAGAGAACGAUCCGUUCGUUGGCCAACGGCCGGACGAUGGAAAGGGCGGAGCUGGCGGAGAGCAGAGGGAGGUGUUGCUGUUCACGGCGUCGGAUGACGGUACCGCCAAGGCCUGGGACGCACGGAGCGGGAGGUUUGUCUGCCUGUACGCCGGGCACACCCGCGGCGUCACCUGCCUCCAGGCCGCCCUCACCGAGAGCUACGGCCCUGUGCUCGUGACGGGGGGAGGGGACAGCGCCGUCAUCGUCUGGGAGCUCACGACUGGGCGCUGCUUGGAAAAGCUAGAGACCGGGGCUGGCCUGGUGAUCAACCCCGGUGGUCCGGGACCCCGCGUCGGCUGCCUCCAGGCCUACAGGGACACCAUCGUGGUCGGAGAAGACCGCCACGUGUCCGUGUGGUCGCUGCGCAAGGGCCAGAGGCCGCGGCUGGCGAGGUCUCGCUUCUGCGAGCACCAGCGGCCCAUCCGCCGGCUUGACAUGGUGGGGCCCUGGAUCGUCACCUGCUCUGGGGACUAUGUUAUCCGUCUCUGGGACUCUAGGACGGGACUGUGUGUUCGCGAGCUGGGGACCAAGUCGGGGGCUGCGAUCACGUCCUUCCGGCUGUCGGGGCUUUGCCUGCUCACGACCAGCCUCUUCGACACCAGCGUGCUCAUGACCAGCUUUUCGCAGCGCAGGGGUGACGAGGGCAAAGGCUCGACCUGAAGAAGGCGAUCAGACUCAAGAGCAUCAGCAGCGGCGGCGGCAGCGAUUGCACGAGGCUACGGCUGGCGACCCCGCACCCAUGAAUGGCAGCGGCAGCUGACAGGUGUUGUCCCCGCCACCUCGACAUGACAAACAACACUGCAAACACCAGCAACGAGAGGUUUUUGCAACAACAAUGCCAGUACAAUUUCCUCCUGAACCUGAAACCUACCACUUUGUGGCGGAGUAUUUUUAGCGGAGGAGAGGGCGUCCCGGGGCGUCCAAAGCAGGGAGUGCCACCCGAAACGGUUCGACCGUGGCCGCGAAUAUGGUUUCUUUUCGUCCCGAAACGGGCCCGAACUCGACGCCUUUUGGCGCACCGGGUCCACUGCAUCAGAUCUCACCAAGUGUGCUCUACUGGGCGGUAGGGGGGUACGUGUGUAAGUUUGUCCUCGAUGUAGGCUUCCCUCUCUGUGCUGCUUGCUGUUACAGACUCCCUGUUGCCUGUAGAAAUUGCUGUACACGCACAGAGUUCUUUUUUGCGCCGAUGCAGCAGGCGAUCGCGAUCCCUGAACGACAAGUUAUAUUUUUUUGUCCUACGGGGUAUGGAUGGUGGUUUUCGGUCGUUGUACAUAUGGAGAUCCCCCGGCGGCUGUGUGCAUGUUUCAUUGACCCGUAGGGAAGGAGACUUGUGUUGCCGCGCGCAGUGUCUCUUUCCGUGCUUAUUGCUUGUAUCUUGUGCAGUUGGACAGCGGCGCCGAGGUGGCGGGUCCCGCACUGCCAGCGCAACUAAUUGCGGCUGACGUGUGACGUGACCUUGGCUUACUAUACGAGGCAGCAGCAUCAGCAGCAGCAGCAGCGACACCGGGAAAAGCUGUGAAUAACUGAUUUCAGUGAUGUCGAUGAAACUACCUAUAAACGCUUUGUCUUGGGCGUGUGUCGGGUAAACUGUUGGUGAUGGUCGGGGUGUACUCGGCAGGUUUUUUGUGACAGUUCUUAUGUGGAGACUAAUGUGCAUUAUUAGGCGUUCUUCUAUAUGUAGACUUAUCGUAAUUGAUCUCGAUUUCGUCCUUUUUGACUUGCUUGUCUCUACGGCUAGUGUCAAGUGUUGAAUGCUCAUUGGAGACGUCGUUGCAUCUGUGUACAGAGUAGAUUGAUUUGAAGUGCUUUGCAGUUGUUUUUUUGGGAGCUCCCACCCAGUCAAACAGAUCCCUCGGCUGCGUACAUUGACCUUACAGAUUGCCGGAGUUCGACCUGCCGCCCUUCCUCCCUCCCGUUGCGGACACGCGUGGAUGGCGAGUUGGGGAUGAUUCAUUCGUAGGAGGGAGUUGUGCUCUCAUGUGUACAUGCGUGUGCCACUCUUUGUACGGUUUUGUUGGUGUUGUUUCAGAUGUACAGAAGAAAAUCUCGCAAAGAACGAAUCGCCCAUGGCCGACUUUCAAGCCCGGUCAUAGUUACUCCACAGCCGGGCGUUGGCGCCGACGUCGAAAAGGAAGGGUUUUGGCAAGAUAUCUCGCCGAGACGAGCAUUCCUUGUCUAGACAUCAUCGGUGAAAAUAUUGCAGCAAUCGGCUUUGAGAAUCGGUCUACUGUAGCUAGGGCGGCGUCCUUUGUGAGAGCUGUAGGGUAGGUCACUCUGUUCCUCGCUUGUACAUACAACGUGGUCGGCUGUACACGGUAGGAUGCUCUCUUCCUUUGGUGUAUAUCGUAGUCGUAUAACUGAUCAACAAAAUAUAAAAUGGUGGCGGAGUCAUCGCUCGACAAGUUCUUGUUCUUGGGAAGAAGACUCAGUACUCCGCGUGAGGGCCAGGCCAUCGCGAGUACCGGUGCCCGUGCGGUGAUGGUCGAAUGAAGUGCUAAGACAAGGGCGUGUGUAACUACUCUAAACCCCUGCUCUGUCCAACGGUCGUGUUUCAGGCAAGAAAGCAUAAACGCAGGAGAGCAUAAGUACUAAAAGUGUAUUUGUGUUGGUUCGGUGUGAUGGGUGAAAAGUUGCGCGAGAUUACUGAAGGGGACUCAACACUCCACGUGAGGGCCAGGGCGUCGAGUAUGGGGGGGUAUAUACAAGGGCAAUGAAGUGCUGAAUGAUACAAUACAAGUUUCGUGAG